AUGAUUGGAAUAGUUAUUUUUCUAUUUAUUAUAUUUUAUUUAGUUUAUUUUUAUAAAAAUGUAAAAAAACUUCCACCAGGACCAUUACCAUUACCGGUUAUUGGAAAUUUAUUAUCAAUUGAUAGAAAAAAAGUUCAUUUAUGGAUUUAUGAGCAAAAAAAAAUUUAUGGUAAUAUAUUUACAAUAUAUAUUCCUAACCCACAGGUUGUUUUUGCUGAUAAUGAUUCAAUUAGUGAAUCUCUACAAGUAUAUGGUGACAAUUUUAUAGGAAGAAAUGUUGAUGGUAUUCCAGAUAAAUGUAUGCAUGAAAUGGUUAAUGUUGGUGUUAUUAUGUCUGAAGGUGAAGAAUGGAAAGAUCAAAGAAGGUUAUCACUACAAAUAUUAAGAAAUUUUGGCAUGAGUAAAACAAUAAUACAAGAUAAGAUUCAUUUAGUUAUUUUAGAUGUUUGGGAAUAUAUAGAUAAUAUUGAAAAUAAAGAAAAUGUGGAUAUUGGAAAAAUAAUGCAUCUAGCUAUUGGUAAUGUAAUAAAUUUAAUAUUAUUUGGUUUCAUGUACAACCAUACAGAUAAUAAAAAGUUUUAUGAAUUUACAAAUGCAGUAGAAGAAUUGGUUAAAUUUAACAGAAAAAUAGAAUUUCAAUUAUUAACAAUAUUUCCAUGGAUAAGUAAUAUUCCAAUUUUAAAACAUUUCGUAUAUAAAUGGAUAACAAAACCUCAACAUGAUUUAAGAAAAAUGACUAAUCAACAGAUAGAAAAAUGUAAAAAAGAUUUCAAUCCAGAUAGUGAACCACCAAAUUUUGUACAUGCUGUAAUGAAAGAAAUUCAAUCAAUUGAUUCAAAAUAUAAUUAUUUAAAUUCAAAUCAUCUUGAAGCAAUGGUAAUGGAUUUUUGGAUUGCUGGAAUGGAAACAACAACAACAACAUUAAAAUGGCUUAUUCUUUUGUUAAUGAAAUAUCCAGAAAUUCAGGAAAAAUUACAUAAAGAAAUUGAUGAAGCCAUUGGAAAAGACCAACUAGUACUUUUAAAUGAUAAAGUUAAAAUGCCUUAUGUGACUGCUUUUAUUGCUGAAGGUCAAAGAUACGCAAAUAUUGUUCCAUUUGUUCCAUCACAUAAAUGUACAAAAGAUACCAUAAUAAAUAAUUAUCUUAUUCCUAAAGAUACAUUAACUCAACCAUUUUUUUGGGGUGCUAAUAUGGAUGAAAAAUACUUCAAAGAUUCCUUUAUUUUUGAUCCAACAAGAUUUCUAGAUGAUGAUGGUAAAAAAUUUAAAAUGAAGUAUGAACACUUAAGUUUUGGAAUGGGAAAAAGAGUAUGUGUUGGAAAAAGUUUAGCUGAAGCUGAAUUAUUUUUAUUCUUUACAUCAUUGGUUCAAAAAUAUAAAUUUACCUAUAUUAAUGGAUUAGUUGAUUUAACAUGUGAUUUUGGUGGAGUUUUAUUACCUCGGCCAUAUACAUGUAAAAUUGAAAAAAGAUAA